AUGAGAAGAAUUUCAAUUCACCCCACAUUUCUGGUGCACGGAAGCUCGGAAGGCGCUGCGACUGGGAAGCAGCGUACCGCGUCAUGGGAAAAUCUGAACCUCUCUCCGUGUUUCCGCAAGUAUGUCGAACACAGAGUGUGUUCGCUUCUGCACCACGUUGAGAUCUCUUCAAAGAUUCAACGUGUUUUUGUCAUGGGUUUUGAAAGGCGCUGCGCAAGGAGCCCUGUUCGCAGGCACGCGUUAAGUUACUUGAAUCUCCUAGUAGCAGCUGCGGUAAUUUUAUCUUGUGCAUGGAAGGUCGUGACUGGGCUUGACGCUAACGGGGGUCAAGCGGGAGAUGCCCCAGGAGAUCAACCACGUGGGAAUGCCAUGUUGCUUUUUGCUGAGCCUCUUCAUAGUGAUGGCAUAAGCUUCGUUACAGCACGACUGAAGGCUGCACUGUCUGCGGGUACCCCUUCAUCGGAUAUGGCAACAAUCGCUGCUGAGGCGGCCUCAUUAGUCUCGUGGAGUGAAUGUUCUCGUUUUUGCAACGGGGGCAGCCAGACGGCUGACAGCGAGCGAGCACGCAAGUUGGCUGUUGAGGGGUUGCGUCUUGUUUUUCCUAGCAGCGACGAAUUGUCCGAUUCCUUUCUCCACGAGGUAGAAAAUAUGGUAGCCCAAUAUACAAUGGAUGGUUUUGAAGUGCCAACGGAUUUGAAGACAGCAAAUUUGCAGAUUGCACAGGAUCCGACGUUGGUGGCUUCCUUCGGAGUUCUUCCACAGAUAGAAUUUACUGAGUCGUGCAAGGAACGUCUGAUGCUGGAUCGUAUCGAUCAAGAAAUCUGGACUGCAAGGCGCACCGAGCACUUGAAUUAUCGAAGGGCGCAAGAGCUUGGGGGGGAAGUUCCAGGCUGGGAAGCCACUGUUUUUGCUUCAGAGCAGCUCGGCCUAUACAGUUGCGUCACUCUGUGUCGAUUACACAACAGCUGUAGUGCACUAAUAUAUACUAAGGAUAUUGUCUCCGCACAGGGGGAAGAACGCGAGAGCUCGCUCGGAGACCCUAAACGGGACGCCCUGAAUGUGCUAGAGAGUACGAUGGCGAGCGCGAAUUCUGCAAUGAACAGUCUUGACGAUAAUUUCGCCAAGCUUUCUGCACUGGAUGAGGACUCUGUGGGAGUGAACUCGCCGAGCGGUAGUCCGGUAUGCACAUUGUACACAGGCGUGAAGGUGUCACGCGUUGCAGAGUGUGGGGUUGAGCCGACAAGAAAGCCGGGGGAGGACACCCUGACUCUGCUGGUAAUAAAUCUAGAUAUAGAUUUUGGAGAUGUUGCCCGUGUAAUGCGUGCUUCAAUGGCGCAACAGCUGGCGAGGAUGAAGGAUGUGCUGGGUAGUGCAAAUAUCCUGCUCAACAGGUCAAGCACGAAGAACUCGAAGGCUGCCAACGUUCAGCAGAGGGCGGAGUGGCAAACGACACUUGUACAAAAAGCCGGCCACCACGCGCAGUUGGCUAGUCAUUUCCUUCCUGAGGCUAUUAGAGUGAUGGAAGAAGCUGCUGUUGAUGCUGACCAAGCCUUACGUGCCUCGCAAUUUGAUGGAGAGUCCGCGGUACAGGCUGCUCAACUUCGUGUUGGCAAGGACGACGGUUCACCGCAGCUUACAGACGGAGGAAGAAAGAAUUUCUAUUCAGCAACUCCUUCAAGCGCGUCUUGCUUAGUUUUUUCAGGCGUAGAGUUGCUCAACCGCGGAUGCGUGCAGUUACCCGCCCUGCAGACGCAUUCGUCAAUGCUGACAUCAACCUCGUCUGUGGAUGCAGCCGAAGCGCAGCACACUUCAGGGGUGGCUAGCUCGACGGCGUGGCAGAAGUGCCAGGGUCUCUUAAGAGAUGUUUCUCAGCACUUGGACAAGUACCGCACUGCGGUUUCUCAGAUUAAGGCGUCGGGGAAAGACACCGAGAGUGCGGCAAGAGAAGCGAAGCGAUUGUUGCAGCUCAUACUCGGCUUGAGCGCGGAGGAGACAACGAAGCUUUCCUUACAUGGCAUUUCUGACACUUUACAGGCAGAGACAGGCCUUAUAGACAGGGACACUGCGAAGUUGCUCGACGAGAAGGAUGCCCUCGAGCUUCGACGAGAGGUUGUAGAGCGUCUGGGUGAAGAAACCGGCACUGUUCUUGCUGUAUUUGACACGGCCAAGCAAGUUUGUGAGAUAAGAGCCGUUUUUGAGCCACGUCAUCUGGAUAAUGGCGACACAUUAGGUGCCCAGUUUCCUUCUGCAUGUGCUUCAUUCAGUCCCUUCUCAUUGAUGUUCCUACUUUCUGAAAGUAGUAAUGCUGGUAGCUCUUCUCUGGAAACAGGGGCAUCCAACAGCGAUCUAGGCACGUGUGAGGACAUAUCGUGUACAUACUCUCCAUGGACUUCGUGGUCACCGUGCGACGACAGUCAUAUGCUCGAGGCUGACAAGACUGAUGAAAGUAGGAACGGCACUAAGUUUGAAUCAGAUGGUGCUGCCCAAUAUAGGCCAGCAAUGUGGCAAGUUCGCGUCAGGGAGACGCUGUCGCGCCCCAAGGUGGCGCUGCAAUGUGAUGCUGUUCUUGAAGCUCGGCUCUGCAAAGACAGAGUAAACGUAGGGACUGAAGCUUCAGGGUUGCUAGGGGGCUUCACUGCUGCCAUUUCCAAAUCGAUUUCAGGCUUUUGCAUUUACAGCCCCUACUCGGAGUGGAGUGAGUGCUCGCCGAAGUGCCUCUCCGGCGACACCACGGGGAUUACUGCUCACCAGACCCGUACACGCACCGUGCAUCAGUACCCAGUGCCAGGUCUGGCACCCAGAUGUGAUACAGCUUCACUUGAAAUGCAAAAAGCCUGUGGGACUGUUCCCAACUGUUCGAGCGGGAUUACAGAGGAGCACAGAGUUGAUUCAGCAUAUGACCGCGUAGAAAAAGGGUUUGACAGACCGGGUUACGCAGCUUCUUCUGCCAUUCAUCUGCAUUCCCUCGCAAGCGUGGCUGGCACAGAAGCGCCUGUUAGUGGGCGGAUGCUCCUGAGUUCACUAGCUACGGGGAACUACCCAGGAAGAAGUGCGCCGAACGGCGAUCCCCAAAACAUCAUGGCGGAACCGCGGAGAGUACCAGUUGGGAAGUCGGAAACAGUGCCGAUUGAGGACGUCUCAGAGCGUUUCAUGCUCAAAUCUGAUUCUGCUGAUAAUGUUACGUCAGGCGAACCAACGAUACAGUACUUGGAAAAGCCUGCUGGGGCGGCCCGUACAGAAGACGAAACAGUGGCCACCGUGGAGGGCUCGACUCUCGCUGAGGACGAGGGCAACGCAAGGCCGGAUAGUGAUAUGCCACACUUAGUUGCAGAUGGCACCGAGGAUGACGAUACUCUCGACACUGCAGUUGAAGGGUUGACUGUUGUGGCACCUUCUACCAAGGUUGACGAGACACAGAACUUUACAGUCGAGGGGAACACUGCUGCAGAAUCUCUUACCGACGACGGGAGUACACAGGAUCCUUCUGUCGUGGCUCAACCGCAGGGAGGCCAGGCGAAAAUCCCAUACGAUUCGCCUUUCAUAGAAGAUACGGUUCCUAGAAGGCCUGUAAGGGAGGAGACUGGCCUA